AUGGCCAAUCUGGAACAGUGGGUUAGUGACCAACUCCAUGACAUACUGGGUUUGAGUGACCGAUAUGUGGCCCAGUUCAUGAUCGGUCUGGUGCAGAAGUCUUCUGGACCUCAGGACUUUGUGGCUCGGCUUGAGCAAACUGGAACCAUUGAUAUUGAUCAAAGAAUCACAGCGUUUGCACAUGAGCUGUACAACAAAGCUCCCAAAAAACAUGUGGCAGAAAAACCUGCCCGGGCCGUGGAACGACAAGUCAUGGAAAUGGAGAGAAAGAACCGGACCUACACUCUUUUGGAGGACAGCGAGAGUGAUGGCGAGACGGCAAGAGAAAGAGGAAAAGAGAAGAAAAGUAAAGACCGGGACAAAGGAAAGAAGAGAAAACACCUCCGACAGAAACGAGACGAAAGUUCAUCGUCCAGUGAAGAGGACAGCAAAAAGAGCACUAAAGUCAUGGACGAGCCAAAAAAAGCUGCUAAAGAAGAUGAGGAGGAAGAAUGGGAGCGGGAAGAGAGAGAGAGAAUUCAAGAUCUGGAAGAGAGGGAUGCAUUUGCUGAACGAGUGAAACAGAAGGACAAAGACAAGACGAGACACAUACUUGAGAGAAACGACAAAAAGGCUUAUGAGGAAGCUCAAAAAAAACUCAAAAUGGAUGAAGAGGAUAAAAAGAAAAUGCUUCCAGAGUUAAGGAAACAGUCCCGAUGGCAGUAUCUGAGCAAAAGAGAGCAGGAGAAGAUUGAUGACCUCGAGGCUGAAAUUAAGGACGAGGAAUACCUCUUCUCCACUCAGAACCUCACAGAACGGGAAAAGAAAGAUUUAGAAUACAAGCGGAAGGUCAGAGACCUGGCCCGAGACUACAAGAAAGCUGGAGCGAAAGAAAAAGAGGAGAGAAAGAACAGAUACUACAUGCCAGAGGAGAAAAGAAACAAGUCCAUUCCUCAGAAAGACAUGGAGCUGGAGUUUGAAGAGACUCCCAGAGAGGGAGGUGGGGAGCAGGGCCGCUGGGAGGAGGCGAGAGUGGCCACUGCCACCCUGCAGUUCGGGGCCAGAGAAGAGCGGGAACGCCGGAUAAAGGAGGAGCAGGAGAGAUACCAGCUCAUUCUAGAGGAAGAGGAGAUGAUCAACUUCGUCAGCACGGCCAUUACUAUGAAAGGAACACUGUCAGAAAUGGAAAGUGAACCCGAGUUAUCACAAGCUGAGAAGCAGAAGCUGUCCAUCCAGGAAGUGAGACGCAGCCUCCCCAUCUUUCCUUACCGAGAAGAUCUCCUCGCUGCCAUCAGGGACCACCAGAUGUUGGUCAUAGAGGGUGAAACCGGAUCUGGCAAGACCACCCAGAUCCCUCAGUAUCUCCUGGAAGAUGGGUACACUAACGGAGGAAUGAAGAUUGGCUGUACUCAACCUCGAAGAGUGGCGGCCAUGUCUGUAGCAGCCAGAGUCGCACAGGAAAUGAACGUCAAAUUAGGAAAUGAGGUGGGCUACAGCAUCCGUUUUGAAGACUGUACGUCAGAACGCACGAUCCUGAAGUACAUGACUGACGGCAUGUUACUCAGAGAGUUUCUUACAGAGCCCGACCUCGCCAGCUACAGUGUGAUCAUCAUCGAUGAGGCCCACGAGCGAACCUUGCACACAGACAUCCUCUUCGGUCUAAUCAAAGACAUUGCACGUUUCCGCCCUGAUCUGAAGGUUCUGGUGGCCAGCGCCACUCUGGACACAGAGCGCUUCUCCUGCUUCUUUGAUGACGCACCAGUAUUUAGGAUUCCAGGUCGUAGGUUUCCCGUGGAUAUCUACUACACGAAGGCUCCGGAGGCCGACUACCUGGAAGCAUGUGUUGUGUCAGUGCUACAGAUCCAUGUCACUCAGCCGCCAGGAGACGUACUGGUGUUCCUCACAGGACAGGAGGAGAUUGAAGCAUGCUGUGAACUUCUACAGGAGAGAUGUAGGAGACUGGGCUCGAAGAUAUCUGAACUCAUUGUUCUGCCCAUCUAUGCCAACUUGCCUUCAGACAUGCAGGCCAAGAUCUUCAAUCCCACUCCGCCUGGAGCACGCAAAGUCGUGGUGGCCACAAAUAUCGCAGAGACGUCUCUCACCAUCGACGGCAUCAUCUACGUCAUUGAUCCAGGUUUCUGCAAACAAAAGAGCUACAACGCAAGAACAGGAAUGGAAUCUCUUAUUGUCACUCCCUGUUCACGAGCAUCUGCCAAUCAGAGAGCAGGUCGUGCAGGAAGAGUGGCUGCUGGGAAAUGUUUUAGGCUGUACACCGCCUGGGCAUUUAAACAUGAGAUGGAAGAGACCUCCAUCCCUGAGAUCCAGAGAACAAACUUGGGCAAUGUGGUUCUGCUGCUCAAAAGUCUCGGCAUAAAUGACCUGAUUCAUUUCGACUUCAUGGAUCCUCCUCCUCACGAAACACUGGUGUUGGCGCUGGAGCAGCUUUAUGCCUUGGGCGCCCUUAACCACCUCGGUGAACUCACUAAGCUCGGCCGAAGGAUGGCUGAACUUCCUGUGGACCCCAUGCUGAGUAAAAUGGUCCUGGCUUCUGAACAUUAUAAGUGCUCUGAGGAGAUUCUAACCAUAGCGGCCAUGCUGUCGGUGAACAACUCCAUCUUCUACCGCCCCAAGGACAAGGUGGUUCAUGCCGACAACGCUCGAAUGAAUUUCGUUGUACCAGGAGGAGAUCACAUGGUGUUGCUCAAUGUAUAUACACAGUGGGUAGAGAGCGGUUACUCCACUCAGUGGUGCUUCGAGAACUUCAUCCAGUUUCGCUCCAUGAAGAGAGCUCGAGAUGUCCGUGAUCAGCUGGAGGGGUUGAUGGACAGGAUCGAAGUGGAACUGUCCAGCUGCAGCGGUGACAGUGUGCCCAUUCGCAAGGCGGUGACUGCGGGAUAUUUCUACCACACGGCACGCUUGAGUAAAGGGGGAUAUAAAACAGUCAAACACCAGCAGACUGUUUUCGUCCAUCCCAACAGCUCACUCUUCGAAGAACAGCCACGUUGGAUGAUCUACCACGAGCUGGUCUUCACCACCAAAGAGUUCAUGAGACAGGUGAUCGAGAUUGAAAGUGGCUGGCUGUUGGAAGUGGCUCCUCAUUAUUAUAAGAACAAAGAACUGGAGGACAGCAGCAGUAAGAAGAUGCCCCGCAAACAAGGCAAAGCCCGUGAAGAGCUGGGCUGAUCCUGAGAUGUUUGGAGAUCAGCGGUGUGAGACACAGCAGUGUUCAAUGGGAGACCUUAUCAGACCUUUCGUUUGGUAAUUUGCUGAUCUGUGGAAAGUAUCUAGGAGAUUUUGGAGACCCCUAAUUUUUAUGUUCAGCUGAAGUUGUUUUUCACGUGUUUGAAUGAGGAAAUAUAUUUUUGAUUACAAGUAUACACGUGGUGUUUUUUUAUUAUUUAUAUACUAACCUCUGACACUAUUUAAAGAUGAAUGUGAUCAAAGGUCAUGCUGUUGUAGGUAAUUAAGACAAGUGAUUUCAUAAAUACACAGAGAUGUUUUCUGUGAUAUGUUGUGCUAAACCUCCUGGUAAUUGUCUAAAGUACAUGAUGUUUAGGGAAGAAAACCAGGAGGAAAUUCUCAUACUUCAGGGAAAGUCAUAUGGAUACAUUUCACAGACAAAGGUGAAAAUAGGGUUUACCGUUGAUACAUCAAUAUAAAAGGGCAGUAUUUAUCAAUGCAGAAAGGUUAAUGUGUUACAACAGGCACACCCUGCAGUUUGUUAGAAUAUUCAAGUGUGGAUAUAUCAUCUCAAUCCAAGAGCUGCUUUUUAUAUUUUACUAAGAAAAGUUCUGAUAGUUUAAUAUAUAGCCAGCAGUCAAUGAUUGGUAGUUUCCAGUAGUUUUUGUAAUUUCCACCUAAAGCUCCCAGUUGUACGGAAAGACUGAAAUUAGUCUUUGGUCAAUGAGUAGCCAACAGAAAGUUUUUUUUUUUUUUGAAUGAUUGGCACAAUAUUAUAUGGUCUUGUUUGUUAAUAUUAUUGCGUUUAUGACUAUGCGAUCCAAAAUAACACCAGAUUUUAAUCGUUUUUGGACGUAAACUAGGCCAUGACUUAAGGGUGAUUCAUAGAAAAUGCAUUUUGCAAUCAAAUGAGCUGGAUUAAAAAAAAAAAAGUUGUAUUUUUUUUUAAAAGUUUAACUUAAAACUUAAAAAAGAAACAAACACGUCCAUGUAGUGCAUACAGAAAAACAACUGAAAAACGUGUUUUACAUUCUUUUCGAAAGGUUUUUUUUUUCUUCAGAUUCUGCAUUCCAUUCUGUGUUCUUUUUGAAGGGUUUUUCAGAUUCCAUGUAUUUUUUCGUGUAUGUGAACUGAAUAUCUUAAGAAAAUGUGGAGGUUUUUAAAUUCAUAUGGAUUGAUAUGAUAUGUUUUAUACAAAGAAGAAUGUACGCACAAGGUCCACCCCUAAACCUAACCUUCAGAGGGUCAUAAUUAGAUCAUAUGAAAAUUGUGAAAGAUGUUGUACAAAUUCUUAUUAAUUAGCCAUGAAUUCACCGAAACAUAAGGUUACAAAUUUCAGGGAGAGUGUAUAAGGUCACUUAUGAAAGUUCCUCCGCUUUUCAAGUAUUUGAAACCAAAUCAUCAAACAUCAAAAGACCAGACAGGAUGGGUUUUGACUCAUUUACAAACUGGCAACUUAUCUGAUGCUCUUUGAAUUUUACAUUCUCACAGUUCUGUUUUUCUGACCCUGCCACGGAAUAAAAAAAAAGUUCAGACUUUUCUUGGAGUUGCAA